AUGGCAAAAGUUAUUGCAAGAGAAGCAGUUCCAUCGGCAACAAAAUCCUUAGAGGAUCAAAGUAAAACGGAGUCUGUGAAGUUUACACUCCAAGUGAAGGCGAUUUUCCGGAAGACGGAUGAUAGCGUAGUGAGCGGAUUAGCAAAGCGUCAGAACGUGUCGCUUUUCGUUUUCGCUAAAGAUCUUGAUUGCAAAUGUCCAAAGAUAAAAAUAAAGAAAUCGUAUCUGAUUCUCGGAAAUGAUGACGAGGGUCCGGCAAACGCUUUAGGCAUCAGCGAUAACUCCAUCGUCAUCGAAUGGCGCGAUGAAUGGUACCGUCGCUUGCGAAAAUAUCAGCGGCAGUCGCACACGUGUGAUUAA